CUAAGGGAUUGGGAUUAGUAUUAGUAUUAGUAUUAGUCUUAGUCUAUUUGAUUAGUCUAUUUGAUUAGUUUGUAUAUACUGAACUGACUGCCAAUCACCUCAUCUCAUUAUGCUCGCACGUCAAGGACUUGGGUUAUUAAGAAAGCCAUGGGCUUCUACUAUGAAGUUUCCAACUACAAGAUUAUUAGCAGCUAGAUCCCUUACAACUAUUAAAGCUAGUCAUGAUCAAGAACAAGAACUUUUAGUAGCUCAACGUAAAAAUAGACCAACAUCUCCUCAUUUGUCUAUAUAUCAACCUCAAUUAACUUGGAUAUUAUCAUCAUUUCAUAGAAUAACUGGAGUUGGUUUAGCUGCUGGAUUUUAUGCUCUUACUUGUUCUUAUGCUGCUACAUCUUUAUUAGGGAUUCAAUUUGAUGGUGCAACAAUUGCUGGUGUAUUUGCUUCUUUACCAUUUGUAGUAAAAUUAGGAGCUAAAUUUGUUGCUGCUUAUCCAUUUGCUUUCCACCUCUUUAAUGGGAUUAGACAUCUUGUUUGGGAUUUAGGUCAACAAUUAACUAUUAAAGGUGUUUACACUACUGGUUACAUUGUAUUAGGUGCUACCGGUUUAUUAGGUACUUACCUUGCUUUCUUCUAAUUCAUUAGCAUAUACUACUUAUUUAUUCAGUGUCAAUAAACAUUUUAAAUGUAAAGUGUGGUCAUAUAUUCGUAGAAAUUCAAUCAUAUACAUAUACAUAUACACUAUCGUAAAUCAAAAUCAGUAUCAAAGCAGAGACAGGGUGUGUCAUUGGUACAAAAACCACAAUUCAACUUUAAUUUCUUCUUAAUAAGUGCAUCAUUCGUGAUACCUUUACCAUUGGUAGUACUAGUGUUAUUAUUACUAUUACUAUUGUUAUUGUUAUUGUUAUUAU